UCAGUCUCGCCGAUUGUCGCGCCGAUCGUGGACGGGUUUUUCCGUAGCUCCCGUACAGCAGCUCUAUGGUUCGAGUUCGCCCUUGCUGUCAGUUAUCAGUUGUGUAGCUUUAGAGCACUACCAGCCAUCCGUGUUGCCAGCUUUCCGAGUUCUUAUUUGAUCCUUACAACGUGUGUGUGUGCAGUUUUCAAAUAUACAGAUAUGUGAGUAAAAAUAACGUGCAAAAGUGUACAGAAACGGCCGGAAAAUGUCAGCCGUGUGGCCACCGCGGCGCCAGUGUCCUUCAGACGUCCAAGUGUUAGACAACAAUCUGAAGAAGGCACCAGCAAACCAGCACAACAUAUGUGCAGAGUGAAUGUGAUGGUGAAAUUGUGGUAGAAAGCAUUGGUCGUGCGAAACCAGCACGGCAAGCUUAGUGUCGGUGGUCAUCCGUUGCAGCACCUUCCCUUCUCAUCUGUGCGGCCAUUGUUAACAAACCGUUCGCGUGAUCGAUUGUUUGAACCCGAAUGGUUUUCGCGAGUGUGUAUAGUUAUGAGUGUGUGCUCGGUGGUGGGUGUGAGCACGGGGCGUGCUUUUUAGUUAAACUGUGCCGCCUGUGAAGGAAUGGUAAAUUGGCAUUUUUGGAGCGUGCGGCAGUUAGUUAUUUUCGGUGAAGUGUAUAAAAAAUAAACCCCACAGAAACGGAACACCGUUUGUUGGUGAGUGUGCUUUUUUUUCAUCGUUGCGUAUUUCGCGACGAGCGUAUCGACAAACGGACGAAUGGGCCGUUUGCAGUAGCAGGUGAGCAGAGGCCGAACACCCAACGGGGGAGAGAGUGCUGUUCAAACGUUCGUGACACCCCACGGGACUGCAACCCGCCAGCGGACGACUUCAAACACUUCAAACUAGAACCAAUCCAUCCACCGACGAGUCUGGAUCAAACAUCUAUCCUGCUGGCCCUUCAGCAAAUCAUCGAAAAGAAACACUUCUGCAUUCAACUUCGUCGCCCGGUUUGUGAGCGCUUGAAACCAUUUCACCCAAGAUGUGUACGAGGGUUCGCAGAACUAGCAGAAAAUUAAUGAUCAUCAAAUCAAAGAUGAAGUGCCACUGAGCAGCACCCGAAGCGUAAGCUAUGCUCCUUCAAAUGGAAUACCUUGGCGUUCGCCAGUAACGCGUGUGAAUGUGUUUGUGAGAGUGUCCAAGAGAGAAAUAGAGAGAAGGAAAGAGAGAGAGAGAGAGAGAGAGAGAGAGAGAGUGAGAGGGGUUUUUAAGUGUAGUGUGGCGUGAAAAAGGCUCUGCCCUGCCCUCUCUAACCAGUGUGUGACGGCCUGAUAGCCAGGUGACAAAAGGGAGUGCUAGGUGAAGUGGAGACGAACCGGACAGUGUGGAAGAGAGGGGUCGUCCUGCUGCGUAGCGUCCCCUCUGUAUGAUGAAUCCUUCCAACGAUGACUCGACGAAAUACAUGGUCUCAUCCUCGUCAUCCUCGCACCUGCAGUCGGCCGCCGACCUGCUGGCUUCCUCGCUCGGACUUGCCGACAGCGGCGUGUUCUUCAAUCAAAGUGUCCGCGAUCGGGACGUUGGUGCACUGGCGUCGUCAUCGGCGUCGGCGGCGGCGGCAGCAGCGGAAAGCGCCACUGCCGGUGCGGACACACUGUCCAUAUUUGACGCGUCCGGAAGUAGCAUAAUGUUGCAGGGUUUCUCGUCGACCGCACCCAUCGGCAGCUCGAUGGACACGGUCGGUACGAACGAAACGAUCGUCGAGGGUGGCGCCGGUGGCAGCGAAUGGAUCGACGUGGUGCUGCUGGUGCUGAAGGCUUCCAUCAUGCUGUUCAUCAUCGUGGCGGCCAUCUUCGGCAAUCUGCUCGUCAUCAUCUCCGUCAAGCGCCAUAGGAAGCUAAGGGUAAUCACGAACUAUUUCGUCGUAUCGCUUGCCAUGGCUGACAUCAUGGUGGCAAUGAUGGCCAUGACAUUCAACUUUAGUGUACAAUUAACGGGAAGCUGGAAAUUUGGGUCGUUCAUGUGCGAUGUAUGGAACAGCCUGGAUGUCUACUUCUCUACCGCCAGUAUACUUCACCUUUGCUGUAUUUCAGUGGAUAGAUAUUAUGCCAUAGUGAAACCACUUAAGUAUCCAAUAAGCAUGACGAAGCGAGUCGUAGCGAUAAUGUUAUUAACUACCUGGAUAUCACCAGCGCUGUUGUCAUUCGUGCCGAUCUUUGCCGGUUGGUACACCACGGAAAAGCACAAGAAGGACGUACUGCUGAACCCGGACAGCUGCCUGUUCACCGUCAACAAGCCGUAUGCGGUCAUCUCCAGCUCCAUCUCCUUCUUCAUCCCCUGCACGAUCAUGGUGUUCACGUACUUCCAGAUAUUCCGCGAGGCCAACCGGCAGGAAAAGCAGCUGGCCCUCCGGCAAGGCACUGCCAUGCUGAUGCAUCAACACAACGUGGGAGGGGGAGGAGGUGGCGGUAGUGGGGGCGGUACCAACGGGGAGGCACUCAGUGGAAGCGGUUCCUCGAAGACGCUUACCCUGCACGAGGUGGACGCAGAACAGACGCCGACCAAGGAUCGGCAUCUGAUCAAGAUGAAGCGAGAGCACAAGGCUGCCCGAACGCUCGGCAUCAUAAUGGGAACGUUCAUUCUAUGCUGGCUUCCGUUUUUCCUCUGGUACAUCAUCACAUCGCUGUGCGACAAGUGUCCCAAUCCGGAUAUUGUCGUCAUGCUAGUCUUCUGGGUCGGGUACUUUAACUCCACCCUGAACCCGCUCAUCUACGCCUACUUCAACCGAGACUUCCGGGAAGCGUUCCGGAACACGCUCAACUGCAUAUUCUGCACCUGGUGGCGCCGAGAAACGUCCCCGCUGGACAUUAACGUCCGGCGAGCGAGCCUACGCUACGACUGCCGGGCGAAGAGUGUUUACUCGGAAAGCUAUCUGCGGCCCUCGUCCCAAACGGAUCGGUUCAACAGCGAGAUCGGUGAAAGUCUGUAACGGCGGUACGAUGACGUCGAUACAGAAGCCACUGAGACGACCCGCUUCAUCGAGUGAACGGGUGUCCAACUGCUACCCAUCCCCAUCCAUACGUAGUGUGUGCCGCAUGCCAAAGAACCGACCGCACCGUGCGCACUGGAAGUGGGGGAGAAGCGCCCACAUCGUCAAGUCGUUACCAGAGAUACGUUACUAUCUGUUUCUGUUGCAUGUACACUAGACCUGUUAAGAGUUUAUACCGGAGAAAAAUCUAUUGCUUGGUUAUGUAUUUAUUACUCAUAGCUCAUAGUUUAUUGAAUCGUUUCGAGGAAAGUCUGUUUAGUUAUGUAGUCUGUUUUAAGUAGCGCUAGUACUGUCCCUAGACCGGUCGCUGUUAUCUUGUUCGCCAGAUUUUUUAUACUUUAGCAAACUAGGGAAUAACAUAAUUACACAUACACUCACUACCACACACACACACAUACAUAAACAGUUAAAACGUUGUUCAUUCGGUGCAUAUCUCCAAUAUCUUCCCAUCUCGAACUCGCUCCGAUAAAGAUCACGCAGUAGAUGAUUUACGUACACGUGGUUGGUGAGGAAUAAAUUAAAAACAACAACUAUACGACAGACACCUAUUUCCGGCAACUUUCCAGAGCGUGGAAAAAAAAAACACAUCAGCCAUCAUUAAGACCCUAAAUUAGUUUACUUUAGCGUAAAUCAUCAUCACACUCACCGGGAGUCGCUAGAGGUGGCAUCUCGCGGAAAGGGCAAAGGACGAUCGUACGCAUUCGAAGUGCAGCAAUGUGAGAGCUCCCUGCUAUGGACGAAUCGCUGCCAGCUUUUUUAUCCAACCCGUGUCGGGUUGCCGUGAUGCGUUCAUGCGGCACAACCAAAAACCAAAUGAUCUGUGCAGAUGAUCAGGCUGUGGUUGGCGUGUGCGCUCCCACGCGUUCGAAGGUGUUGCAAAGUGCAACGAAUCUUGGUGUAGAAAUGGCCAUAAAAUUAUAGGUUUAAAAUGCUGCCACAUGGGAAGCAGGUGGCAGACGUGUAUCCUGAGGUGCAGAACAAGAAAUCACAUAUAUCACAACAUCCGUAUGACACCUGAAACCGAUUUACAUUCGCAAAGAGACAGACGGAGCCACAUUACAGACAGAGCAUAACUAUUCAAAGCGGGUAUUUGUUCGUAAGAAAUCGUAGUCCGUACAGCAAACGUAUUGUGUAGUGUAGUAGUGAGAGGGUGAGCCGUAACAGGUGAGAAACGCGUAAACAUGACACAACAACCUAGUGAGAGAAGGUAAUGAAUGUUAAUAUUUAGCAUUGAACACGCUAGUAGCAAAUUGUAAUGAGUAUCAUUAGCCAAGUAGUAGUGAAAUCGGUAGCAAAUAUAAUAAAACGAAGCAAACAAAAUCUAUGGAAGUAAGGAACGACCAGUAUGGGUCCGGUUCAUUUGUGUGCGUGUGUGGUGGCGGAUGUCCGGACUGAAAGCACAACCAAUGAAUGGAAAAUACAAUAAGUGAAUGUAAGUAAGAAAUGAAAAAAGUCCCGAAAAAUCACUACCAACGAACAUUUAAAGCAAAGUGAAAGAAUAAAUUGUGCAUAGAAGCGUCAGCUUCAUAAGUAAGCAGAGUCAGCAUGUGGUGCAGCAUCAUAACACAGCAGUGACUGUCAAUGCUUCCGUACGCAGUCGUGACUUGGAAGAACACUGCACAGAGAAAAACCCAACCCCAAGUUUUCUGUUGUUUUUUGUUGCCUUCUCUCGUGUGCAGACCGUUGGACAACCUUUUCCUUUCGUGCAAAAUCUUUUACGCUCAAUUAUAUCUCACGAUCCGGUUCGGUAACUUUCACGCUGGUGCGCUGCCAACAAAAGUGGUGAUGUCCCUUCCGAGCUCUUCUUGACGCAUGUCGUCGGUCAAGGCGCUCAAUCCCCGUGCCGUAAUGAUUGAUGGUCACAAACACUGAAUGCACCCGCACAUCCAUGUCGAGUUUGACCUCGCCGAGUGCAACAGAUGGCUGCGGGUACAUGGCUUCCUUCCGUAACAGCUGCCGGGGCAGUCGAUGUCGUUUUGGAACGGACGACCGAACGAAUUAAUUGACAGAUCGUCAGGGCGCAAGGGUGAGACGUAGCGUACGGUCAUGUACAUGUAAAUGCAAUGAAAAACAGAUAAACAUCGUCGGCGACUUGGAACGGUAUCAAUUUUGGUGGGAUGGGAUGUUGCGACCCGUUCGCCGGACCUAACCGCUGGAAGUGGGCAAACGGAUGCGCCAAGUUCGUUGUUUGCUUAUAAUUGCCAACAGGGUUGAGGUGCUUGGGAAGCAAUUUACAUUUGCCAUUCGCUGCGUCGUAAUUGCGUCGGGAUAGCCUGCGAUCGAUCGAUCGCGAUCGCAUUGGGUUCGAAACUGCGAGCUAACAAGCGUACGAACUGAUUUGCCCGGGUUGGCAAACAGUACACGAGUACACAGGCCAUGCUUGAAGGAGACGCACGUUCUUGCUGGAUUGAUUACGGCAGAUAGUACACACGGAACUGAUUUCGGAUGGGAUUUUGGAAAAGACCUCCUGCAAAGCACCUCUGGUGCGUACAAAUGAAUGCAGAAUUCUCCGGAACUCUGCCAGAUGUGAUUCCAACUACUUCGUCCCUCGUAAAGUAUAUCCUACCUUCUACCAUCCCAACCAAGCGGUGCGUACACACGAAACUCGACAAGUAAGCUUAAAGAUAAAGAAUUCAAUAAUCAAAGGAAAACAUACCACCGGCUAGAGAGUGAUGCAUUCGAGGAUUUCCCCCUGGAACGUUCCCUUGACGGGGACCGCGAGUGCAUUUACUUCGAUGGCAAAAAAACGUUUUGCAAAACUGUACAACCGGUAACCGAGAUAUACUGUGCUAAGUGUUGGAAUAAUAAAGAAAAGCAAUAUUAAGUGUAACAUUUGAUGGGAAGUUAUUUAGAAGCUGUAUAGGAUAGUUCGAGCAAAAUCGUCACACCUCACGUCGUCCGGAUAAUUAGAGGUGAGAUGCGGGGGAACGUUGUGAAACAUUGUUAGGAUUAUAGGUCAAAUGUAAAGCUAGCUGCAAAAAUGACAUUUCACCGUGAUGGAAUGAAAAUGGACGUUCGUUUAUCUCUUCGAUGUGAACUCGUUUUCGCGGGAUGUAGUGCGAAAGGAACAAAAUGUGUAGGUGUAGUGGAGUUUUUCAUGGUCCAUUUCUACUAUUGACUUUGAAAGCUACACGGUAAAAUCAUUUAGAGUUUUUUAUUCGGAUGAUAAAUAUUUUUCUUCAAUUGAGUUCUAACAAAAUCAUUUCAUCAUUUUUCAUUUCGAUUUUGUUUUUUUUUAUAAAAUCGGCUCAGUUACGCUCAGCUUCAUCAGCUACGAUAGCAAAUAUCAUUCUCAUUGAGAUAAAUUUCAAGAGCUACAUGUUUUUGAUACUUGUCUAACAUUUUACCAAAGAAGUUAAGGUGUUUUAAAUAUCGUUUGAAGUUUAACUCGUCCGGAACGGCUCUAUGGACAGUUUCCAACCCACCCAGUACUUUUGCAUCCUCACGAACCUGGCUACACCUGGCUUCCCCUUUCCUUUCGAUCCAUGCUCCGCUUCAAAACAGGUAGAGUGUAGUGAUACUUCAAACGUCGUUGUAAAUGUUGAAUGCAUAUAUGCACUUACCAGUGUAGGGAUGCAUCUUCUGUAAAAGUCAGAACAGAUAGACAGAGAGAGAUAAAGAGUCCGUAGAGGUAGACAUAAAAAACAACCAAACCUUCAAAGUGUGCUGUUAACAGAGAAAAUGCUCGGAUGCUUCCGCUCGGAACUAGUGCUGUGUGUUUAGCUGUACCAAAAACGGGACUUCGGAACCGAACGGGUGUGUAUGUGACAGGUACGAAUGUGCGAUUGAAUGAAUGCGGCGGACAAGCUCUUGCUCUGCUCUGUGUGCGUGCGAGUGGAUCGUUGUAAAAUACUCGGAAGCGGAAGAGCAAACAAUCAGAAUCAUCAUGUAGUGGAUUGUAAUUCAUAAAUGCAAAACAAACCUAAGGCAACAGUAACAAAUCCUUCCCACAUUUCACACUUUUCCUGGAACGUUGAAAUGAGCUAUACUAGGCAGAAGAGAGAGAGAAAAAACACACAUACUAAAAAUACAUACCAACUAAAAAUAGGACUACAAACUUCAUAAAAAUGGGUUAAAACAGUACGCACGCAAAUACGUGAAACCGAAUGGCCGAACGGCUGAUAGCAGGAGCGCGAACAAAAUGAGAACGAUAGAAUUUAAAUCGAAAAAUGCAGUAAAUAAAUUUGUAUAAACACAAGCAGUCAGUAGUCAUGGUGUGAGGAAAUUGUUCAUCCAAGACCAAGUGGGGUCAAUUCCUUACGUCUGGCAUCAGUUAACGUGUACCGAGUGCACGCACCAACACACUGGAGGAAUUGGUAUUAUGCUUACAGCUCGUACAUAAUCAUCAUACCCGAUAUCGUGCUACCCGGAACAGGCGAGUGUAACAAAUCUGGCGUUCAACAAUCAAAACUGUUUCCCCAAACUUCCUUUCCCUAAUGUAGACCCCCGAGUAUCGGCAAGCAAAAGCAAAAAGUAAAAUCAUCCAUAGUAACCGAGUUAACCGAUGUGCAUGUAUGUGUGUGUGUCUGUGAGAGAGUAGUAAAGUGAAUUGUAUCGGCCAGGUUGAUUGAUGGGUGAGGCUAGGCAACAAUGGCGUAGGCGUUGUGAAAAUGUCACAACCCUGUGUAGGUGACAAACCGGCUGAACGCAUGUGGGAAAACGCAUGAAUGAGAAUGGUUGUAUGGGAAAAUGGAUGACAAUGAGAAGCGUUGGCGGGCGGAAAAAGGAAGGCUGGAGACGAACAGUAUGAACAUUCGUAGUAAAUUUAUAUACAAAAUACACACGUAGCGUUAAUGGGUCUAGCUGAUAACUGAUGCUUAACAAUAGAUAACUUUAACUGGUGUAAAUGUUAUCCAUAAGAACGGUGUACAAUUUCCGAAACACGAACAUUAAAUCAAAUGUCACAAGGUAAACGAGGGAAGAAACUCAGUUACCCCCCCCCCCUCCCCCACCCAGAACACGUAGUUACGUUAAUCCUUUGUAAAAGCUUGGUCGUAUUAAGUGGAUUUGAUUCAAUUCGAGGGAAAGACGAACAAGGCAAUCGUUACAAACCCACGAUUUGUAGACAAAACGCUUGGUGAAGGAAACGGGGAUACGAGUGAGAUUAUCCUGAGGAUGCGGAACAAGCUGUAGCAGCUGGAGAUAAUGAUUCUAAAUUUGCAGCACAAAACACAAACGAACUAAAACACCCAAUCUUGAGCUUUUGGUUUGAUUUGAAGGAUUUUCCCAAUGGCAGAAAAAAAACAGAAUUCGUUGAAAGAUGGAUCGAUGCAUUUAUUUAACUAGAAAAAAACGAGAAAGAUAGUGAGAAUCGUCCACUUUUUUGGCAUAAGCUGCUCGUUCAGAAACGCGUGCAAAUGCAUGGUUGAAUGCUGCUGAUAAUUAUUUAUUUAAAUCUAGAACAAAAGACUAAAUGGCGGUUAAGUUGUACGAGGAACAUUUGAUCAUUAGAAUCGAUGCUAGGUAUAGUAGUAGUACAAUUAUGUAUUAUAUUUUCUUACAUUGGUUCAAUCUUUCCCGGAACGAUGGUGACGUUGAAUUGAACGAGUUUCACUGAAUAAAACAGAAAUUAUUAAAAUGAUGUACAUUUAAAUUGUUGUUAUGGAUUCAAUUGUGUUUUCCUCUGUAUGUGUGUCUGUUUGUCUGUAAUAUCACAGUUAAUAAUUCUUAAUAUCAUAGUUUAAAUUCUUCGAUAUCUCUAUUGCAUUUGCAUUUUGUAUCAAAAAUGUUUUCUUUCGUUAUCGUGUGAUUAAAAAAGUUCAUUGCUUAAACGGAAAAAGGAAAUUUAAAUUUAGGGGGAAAAUAUAUACAUUUAAACGAUUUGUUGGAUUCAAAGAGAACAAUUUUGAAACACAUUAUUAUUUCAAUGAGAAAGCAAUACGGCCAGGCCGUUCUUUAUGAAUAAAAAAAAAAUAUUUCAAUGAGAAAGCAAACGAUUCAAACGUAAACAAAUCGAGGUUUUCGUAAAGUAUAACACAAUCUGUCCCAUCAGCUGUUAUACACCACAAUAGUUUGUAGAUCUCACGCAUAGAUGGCGCUUUGUUGAAGCGUUAUUUCAGCGGGUUUGAAAAUGUUGUUCAUGUUUUGUAAAAUAAAAAAAUACUAGAAAAAUACAGAAAAAAAAAACAUUUUUAUAGCGUGAAAUUACCAUGAUUUAUAAUAUUAAAUGGGUUUUUGCUUACUUUUCAUUCAAAUAAAAUCAAUGACAAAAACCAAUGUAUCCAUUCAAAAAGUACUGGGCGCCUCCAUCGACAAAGUGUGUGCAAAUGACGGAGGUGCCACUGUGCCACCUGAUUGAAACAAUUAUUCUUUUCUGUUUUGAAUUUCUACCAUGAUUUAUUCGUGCGCUCUUAUUUUUUUUUUAAAUGAUUUAAAAGUUUUGUGAACAUUUCUUUCAUAAUUAAUCGAUGUAUCACCUGGAACAAAAACUAGCAGAAUACACUUGACCGUUUUAAUAUUUGGUUUCUAUUUUCGACAGUCUUUAUUCACGGUUGUUGCAAGUAUUUAUUGUUAGUCGAGAGAGCCUCUGUUUGAGUGAAGAUACAUGCGAUAGCAGGAAUCUGUUUUCUACCACAAAAAGGUUUCCAUCUUCAAUAAAUCAGUGUUGGUAAAGAGCUUCCGAUGCUGGAGAAGAAAACACGGUCCAGCAAACCACUGAAACGAUAGUGGGUAUAACAGUGCGCGCUAUAGCUUUACCUAGCGAGAGUACAAUCGAUGCAUCUUAAACUCUCUUUCUCUCUCCUUUUCUAUUCGAACUGAGUUUUUAACGUAAACACUCAACUUACGACCGUUGCAGAUAGAUCUUACAGAUAGUUCUUAACAUAAUACUUAAAAGCUUUCGCCCUGUGCAGGAAAAAAAUAACCACCGCCCUAUUCGUAAUCUCUCACCCUACACAAUCACACAUGCACACAAACAUACAUACACACAUACAAAUUAACAUCGUACAUCAAACAGCGAUACAGUUUCGUUAACUAGCGUGCGCAUCAUUUGCGUUUGGGUUCACACAUCGUAGCGGUUAGUUGUGCGGGGGAUAUGGUUUUGCUGUCCGUUCCCGUGUUUAUUUGCUAUUUGCGUUUCCUACUAAAUACCGGUUUGACGUUUCAGCAGCAGUAGCGAUGUAAGUAACAGUAGUUUUAGUUUCAUAAUUUGCAGAGCUAAUUUGUUUUGCGUUUCGGUUUUGCUUUCAUACUCUAUAGGCUUGCACAGUCGUCUGAUGAAUACCGCCAGUGUGCUGACGGAUAUAAUUACAGGGGAACAACCUUUACAUGUGUGGCGCCGUUUUGCUUUCUGUUUUGUGAACAUUUUUCCUAUGUUGCGCUAAGGUUUCUAUACAAAAUAUUUCUCACACCAACACACUGCGUGCCGUCGGCACACCACGUUUACUAGUGUUAAUUUACCCGUCUCAAUGUUUAAGCUAGGAGCUGUCUCACUUGAAAGUUUGUAACAGUACUUUGGUUUGAAAUUGAUUCUUCUACUCCCACACUCAUCAUUUGUUUGCUGCACGCAAUGUUUUUUCCUACGCUUUGAAGAUUACUGCUUACUUCAUGAUAUUAGAACCAUCCUGAUGGACGACAGCGAUGGUUCAGAUGCGUUUACUACUACAAAACACUAUGCCAACUAACACUUAUGUUUGGUUUGCUGUCUAAUAUCAUUCCGAGUUGCAAUGAUGCACAACUAAAAAAACACUCUCCAAUCGAAAGAAUUGUGCCCUAAAUGCGCUGGAUUGUCGAUUCAGAUUGCUGUGAAAAGCAAAACCGUUUUUUCUACGCUUAAAACAAAAUGUUCUACAUCGCUUCUUUCAACCAAAAUUGGUGUUUGAAUGAUGCACAGUGUUCUUAAUUGAAAAAGGCUGUGUAUAAAACGUAUAAAGCCACUACACGACCAUUUUACAGCGCUUUGUACUAAACAACAAACAACGGAAGCUUUCACAAGUGAUGGCGCCACUAGUGAUGACGUACGGCUUGAAAGUUUGCACAGAUUGGUGAAAUAUUUCACGGCACUGUUUCAUCCAUCGUCCUCCUGAAGCAAUCGAUUUGGCGCAAAUUAAUGUAAAGCUUCGAACGAACGGAAAAUAUCAAAUCAAACCGUUGACAACACACUGCUACACGCUAUAUACUAUCAUGCUUAUCCCUUAAAACCAGGGACGCUAUGAGUCUAUGAAUACCUAAAUUUCAUUGCCUCAGGUUCCUUCAUACCCAUCGUCAAUUUUGUUUUGAUAUAGUGCGGGUUCUGCUCGCCUUUAUUGUUAGACACACCGGCAUUCACACAUCUAUUGAUAACUUCUACCGUGGUGGGGCAUCUGAGUGUGGUUGCUUGUGACUACCGACAACCGGACCAGGUUCCGGACGUAAGUCACGAUAUUCGGUAUGCUUCCUAGCAAGUACUUUCGGGGAAGGAUGGAAUGGAUUUCAUUUGGUUGGGAGGGGAAUUCAUUUGAUAACAACUAUUAUUGCUACAUUUCACAAUAGUAUAUGCCCUGUCCGUUAUUGGAUUUGGAAAAUCAACCAUUCACACACGGAAGAAUGUUUACCAAAAGCGAACGAGUAGUAUUGCCCGUUCUGUGAAUGGUGUCCCCUUCAGCGAUAUUCACUCCCAUUCAGUCUGUAAUGACAGAGUCACAGCUUCAUUCGGAGAACAAAACAAGAUAUACAAAAACAUCCGGUAGAAGCGUGGACUUGUUUUUCUCCGUCAAAUUUGUGCGUUUUGUUAGAUAUCUAUGCGAUAGCGAGCGUAUGGGUGUGUGAGUGUAGAACCAAUAUUGAUUGUAGCCUCGAACGCAACGCCAUUCCCUUGCAAUUACACUCUGGUGGGGUUUUUUUUCGGAAAUCGGAUUAUUGCCAAAUUUGGUCCAGCAAUGGGACAACCAACGUUAUUCGCUUGGCAGGAAAAAGCACAGCACCAGCCCCGAUGACGACAGGCGACACAUUCAAACAGGUAGCCAAUUCCCUGUUGGGCUCAGGAAAGCUGAUGGGUAAAUAACGCCUGAUAGCGUUUGCACCUCCGUAUGUUUGCCUUCGCCGUGUACCGUUGUGUUGUGCUACUGUAACGCACACAGAGCUGUAUGUGCGCCCGCGCGUGUGUGUGUGUGUCCCGAGCAUAGCGAAGCACCGCGUACCUUGUGUGCCAAGGAUCCAAGCUCUCAAUACACCCGGCAAUGUUUGUCAAUAUUUGUCCCCGCCAAACGGGGAGUCGCGCGAAUUGAUCAAAGCUGACACAAUCUGCCGGCUGGAAGUGAGCAAACAGUCGGUUGUUUCGCC